CCCGGGGCGGGGGCGGGCAGAGCCCUGCGCCGCGCCGAGCAUGCGAGUGCCGGCGGGGCGGGCUGUGGCGGCCGCGGGGCGUCUGCGGCGGCCGGAGCCGGAACCGGAGCCGGGGCCGGGGUCGGCGGCGCGCCGGAGCCAUGCUGCUGGCCUCGGCCGUGGUGGUGUGGGAAUGGCUGAACGAGCACGGGCGGUGGCGGCCCUACAGCCCGGCCGUCAGCCACCACAUCGAGGCGGUGGCCCGCGCCGGGCCGCGGGCGGGUGGCAGCGUGGUGCUGGGGCAGGCCGACAGCCGCCUGGCGCCCUAUAUCAUCGACCUGCAGUCCAUGCACCAGUUCCGCCAGGACACCGGCACUAUCCGUCCUGUCCGGCGCAGCUACUACGACCCGUCCUCGGCACCAGGCAAGGGAGUUGUGUGGGAGUGGGAGAACGACAGCGGGUCGUGGACGCCCUAUGACAUGGACGUGGGCAUCACCAUCCAGCGCGCCUAUGAGAAGCAGCACCCCUGGGUCGACCUGAGUGCCAUUGGCUUCUGCUAUGUCAUCGACUUUGCCACCAUGGGCCAGAUCAACCGGCAGACCCAGCGCAAGCGCCGUGUCCGCCGCCGCCUCGACAUGGUCUACCCGCUGGUCUCGGGCACCCUGCCCAAAUCACAGUCCUGGCCAGCCAGCCCUGGGGUGGCAGCAGCGGCCCCCCCGGUCCCCACCUGCGCCUGCCCCCAGUGCCUCCUGGUCAUGAGCGUCAAAGCCACUGUGUCAGCCGCUGGCCCCGGCACCACCACCCUGCAGCCCCGCAAAGCACCUCCUGUGCCACCCGCCGCCCCCAAAGCCCCGGCGCCGGCCCCAGGGGCCAAGGCCCCUGAUGGCAUGGCCAUGGUGCGUGGCUCGCUGAAGCCGCUGGCGGCCCAGGGCCGGCGGCAGGCAGCCAGCACGCCUGCCUUGAGCUCAGCCAGCUCCACCACCAGCCCCCCUGGCGCGGGCAGUAGCAAGGCAUCCCGUCCUGGCCUCAGCACCCUGAACCGCAGCCACCUCCAGCGCCUGGCCAUCGCCCAGUCCCGGGUGCUCAUUGCCUCUGGUGUCCCCACCGUCCCUGUGAAGAACCUUACUGGCUCCAGCCCCGUCAACCCAGCGCUGGCAGGGAUCACAGGGAUCCUAAUGAGCGCGGCCGGGCUGCCCGUCUGCCUGACACGGCCCCCCAAGUUGGUGCUGCACCCCCCACCCGUCAGCAAAAGUGAGAUCCAGUCCAUCCCUGGCAUCUCCCACACCUGCCGCAAGACCACCAAGAAACAGGCCAAGAAGGGUAAGACCCCAGAGGAGGUACUGAAAAAAUACCUGCAGAAGGUGCGGCAUCCGCCGGAUGAGGACUGCACCAUCUGCAUGGAGCGCCUCUCUGCACCCUCUGGCUACAAGGGACCCCAGCCAGCUGUGAAACCCGACCUGGUGGGGAAGCUGGUAAAAUGCAGCCACGUCUUCCACCUCCACUGCCUGGUCGCCAUGUACAACAACGGCAACAAGGAUGGAAGCCUACAGUGUCCCACCUGCAAAACCAUCUAUGGGGUGAAGACAGGGACGCAGCCCCCGGGGAAGAUGGAGUAUCACAUCAUCCCUCACGCGCUGCCUGGCCACUCUGACUGCAAAACUAUCCGCAUCAUCUACAACAUCCCCCCAGGGGUGCAGGGACCGGAGCAUCCAAAUCCUGGGAAGAGCUUCACUGCCCGAGGCUUCCCGCGGCACUGCUACCUGCCGGACAGCGAGAAGGGCAGAAAGGUACUGAAGUUGCUGCUGGUAGCCUGGGACCGGCGCUUGAUCUUCGCCAUCGGGACCUCCAGCACCACAGGCGAGUCAGACACAGUGAUCUGGAAUGAGAUCCACCACAAGACAGAGUUCGGCUCCAACCUCACUGGCCAUGGCUACCCUGACAUCAACUACCUGGACAAUGUCCUGGCUGAGCUUGCGGCCCAGGGCAUCACGGAGGAGAGCCUGAUUCAGGAGAAGGACUGAGACCACAGCAGGGAGGCAAGGGAAGGCUUGCCUGUGCCCCCAAGGAUAAAGGUGCUGGAGAAACCCGCCUGGGGGCUUUUCAGGGGGCACCUGAAGCCCACCACUGCCAGUGGCACCCGCCAAGUGGGAGCAUCCCCAGGCUGGCUGGGAAUGCAGGAGAAGGUCCUUUUGGCCAUCCCCUUCACUCCUGUGCGGAGGGAGCUUCCGCCCACAGAGCUGCGGGGCUUCAUGGUGGCCUGGCCAUCACUUCCAGCUGGUGUCCUGUCUAUCCCCACUGCCUCUCUACUGAGGGCUCGGAGGGUACCGGGCUUCCCUCCUCAUCUACUGGAUGGUCCCGGCCUGGCCCAAUACCCCUGACGCCUGCCUGGGGCUGGGACCUGGCCUGGGGUGGGAGUGGGAGCCGUGGGAGUCCCCCUUGCUCUGCCUUGUCCCUCAGCCGUCUGUUCGUUUGUUUGUUCUGUCCGGUACCACCUCCCCGCUGGUCUCCUGUGUCCUCAGAGGCUGGGGGGGCCCUGGUCUGCCUUGGCUGGCCCCCCAGCCCAGUGCCCCCUCUCCUCUUGGCUAUGUCUGAGCUGUGUCCUGCAGGGUCCACUUGUUUGGGUUUGCUGCCCUGCCUGUCCCUCCCCCCCGCCCCCAAUCUGGGGAGGGGUCGGUGGGUAGUAGGAAGUAGGGGGGCAGUGGGGAGAGGCGUGUUUCCUGGACUGUCUCCCACUCCUCAUCUAGUGGGUUCCUUGAACUGUUCGUAUGGGGGCGUCCCCAUGUUGAAUUUUUAUAUACCUCACGUUUUGGGGUUUUGUCGUAUAUAUGUACAUAUAGGUGGUGGCAUUUUGGGAGGUGACCUGGGUGCUGGGUGAAGGCAGUGCUGUGGCCAGAUUGGUGACUGAGUCCGCUGGCGCUCGGGGAGGGGAAGGGGAUGAGGGUAGCACUGCUCCCCUACUGUGGGGGCCCCCUGCCCCAAACCGUCAGUGCCCCACGGUGGGGCUGUCGCCGGUGGGGCCAAAGGCAGGUGUGGGUGGCAACAGUUCCCCUUCCUGCUGGGGAGGCCUUGGAGAGGUGGGGGGGGGGGAGGGUAGGCAGCUGGCUGACAG